AUGAGGAAAAUUCUGCAGUCGAAUAAGUUGGUGAAGGAAAAUGGAGAUAUGCUGAGGCGCAGGUUCCACGUGGGUGGGUACGCGAGCAGCGACAAUUUCAACCCCAGCAUGGCUUCCUACAUUGAGGGCGCCUACCGGAUAUGGCGGCAAGACAGGAACUCGCUGCACAAGUCGUGGGACCACUACUUCGCGGAGAUGUCGGAAGAAGCGGGAUUUUUGGGAAGUACCUCCCCUAGUGUAAUGACCACGAAAGAGGAAGCAGAAAGGAACUUUCGAAGCAGAAUGGGAACGAAUCUACUCCCCAACCGGGGGAAUAGCAAUAUCAAGAUCACAUAUGUGAACAAUGAGAUGCUUGAUAAAGGACGGAUGGGAAAUAUCUACGACAUUGCGAGAAUAGUGCAGCUAAUCAGAUGGUACCAGAAGAAGGGUCACCUGUAUGCAAACAUAAACCCGUUACCGUUGCCGAAUACACCUCCAUACAGUAGCGUGGUAAACGAAACGGACAAGAAAAAAAUGAGUUACUCGGAUUUUGGGUUCACAAAGGAUGACUUAGAUGCAGAAUUUUCCUUCGACUUGCCAUCCAUUACUGGUUUUUCGAGUGACAAAAAAGAGACUAGCACGCUCCGAAGUUUAAUAGAGCGGUUAGAACAGACCUACUGUGGGACCAUCGGGUUCGAGUACAUGCACAUAACGGAUGAGAAUGUGGUCAACUACAUCGUGAAGAGGAUCGAAAAGGAUCGUAAAUUCCAAUAUGAUAAGAAGGCAAAGAGGAAAAUCCUAGAAAAUACUGCUAGAGCUUUUAUUUUUGAAAAUUACAUGGCAGCAAAAUUCGCUACGACGAAGCGGUUUGGAAUAGAUGGAUGUGAGACGCUCAUUACGGGCAUGAAGGCGCUCAUCUCAAGAGCAGCAAUGGUACACAUAGAUAGUGUCCUCAUGAGUAUGUCUCACCGGGGUAGACUAAACGUCCUUUUUAAUGUACUGCAUAAACCGCUAGAAAAUAUGAUGUCCGAAUUUAGGGGAAAAACUGGCUUUACAGAUAAUAUUUGGGGAAACACUGGUGACGUGAAGUACCACUUGGGGGUUGAAAUUGAUCACUUCGAUGAAGAAUCCAAUAGGUACAUCCACAUGGGUAUUGUAGAUAAUUCGUCACAUCUAGAAUCCGUUGAUCCAAUUCUAAUGGGACAAGCCAGAGCACAACAAUACUACUGCAAUGAUAAGGAAAAGGAAAAGGUCCUCCCGAUUACCAUCCAUGGAGAUGCUUCUAUAGCAGGACAAGGAAUCGCAUACGAAACGCUGCAGAUGUCCAAGUUACCAAGUUACAACGUCGGAGGGACCAUACACAUUGUGGUGAACAACCAAAUUGGGUUCACGACAUAUCCAGUAGAUGCAAGGUCAGGCAAAUAUUGUACCGACAUCGCAAAGUGUAUAGACAUACCAAUUAUUCACGUGAAUGCAGAUGAUCCCGAAGCAGUAACAUACGUCUUCGAGUUAGCACUAGACAUAAGGAACAGGUUCCACAUAGACACCAUUAUAGAUAUCGUAGGGUAUAGACGAUUCGGACACAACGAAUUAGAUAUGCCUAAAUUUACCAACCCGUUGCUCUACGAUAUAAUUACAAGACAUGAAUCCGUUUUGGACCUGUACAGUAAGAAGCUAAUCCGUGAAGGAGUAAUAACUCUAGACGAAUUUGAGCAAAACAAAACGGACAUCUACAAUUUGUAUGAGGAGGUGUAUGAAAAGUCCAAAUCGUUUGUCCCAACACCGAAGGAGAAGUACCUGCCACAGUGGGAACACAUGGUAACUCCUCAGAAAUUUUCUCCCUCUAGAAAAACAGGAGUGGAAAAGAAAGUCCUUCUCGAUUUGGGCAAACAAAUAUUUACCAUACGGGAAAACUUCCAUGCACAUCCCAUUAUUGCUAAGUUGUUUAAAGGACGCAUAGAUAGCUUGAACACAGGAAAGAAUAUCGACUUUGGGACAGCUGAACUGUUGGCCUAUGCAACGUUAUUAUCUGACGGAUUUCAUGCUAGACUGUCUGGGCAGGAUUCGCAAAGAGGAACCUUCUCCCACCGACAUGCUGUACUUCACGACCAGGUUACCUACGAAUCGUAUAACAUCUUCGACUCGCUCAAAACACCACACACUAUAGAAGUGAAUAACUCGUUGCUUUCCGAAUAUGCCGCCUUAGGGUUCGAAAUAGGAUACAGUUAUGAACACCCAGAUGCACUGGUCGUAUGGGAAGCCCAGUUUGGUGACUUUGCCAACGGGGCUCAAGUGAUGAUAGAUAAUUACAUCGCUUCGGGGGAAACAAAAUGGAACAAACAAUCAGGUAUAGUUAUGUUUCUACCUCAUGGGUAUGAUGGACAAGGUCCUGAACAUUCCUCUGCUAGGAUCGAACGGUUCUUACAACUUUGUGAUGACAGGGAAGAUAUCGCUACGUAUUCUGUUGAGAAGGACAAAACGAUAAUACAACAACACAACAUGCAGGUUAUUAACUGCACCAAGCCAUCCAAUCUGUUUCACGCUCUGAGGAGACAAAUGCACAGAUCCUUUAGGAAGCCUCUCAUAGCAAUCACCCCCAAGAAAAUGUUAAAAAUGAGAAUGGCAUUCGAUACGAUAGAAAAUUUUCUCUCAUCUACAGAGUUUCUUCCUUACUUACCUGAACAACAAGGACACAAGUUAAACGCCAAGGAGGACAUCAAACGGAUUAUCCUCUGCUCUGGACAAGUCUACUACGAUCUCUUGAAUUAUAGAGAAGCCAAUGAGAUUAAAAACAUCGCCAUAGCGACCAUUGAGCAGCUAUCUCCUUUUCCUUUUAAACAAUUCAUGCAGGAUUUACAGACCUACCCCAAUCUGAGAGAUGUCAUUUGGGUUCAGGAAGAACACAUGAAUAUGGGACCCUGGUUCUACGUUUCUCGGCGUAUCGAGGCAGCCAUUCAGCAACUGAAAAGGGACAACCCCGAUUGGGAUAUUGAAGUACCCCACGUUUUCUACUCGGGCAGGGACGUCUACGCUGCACAGUCUGCAGGAGACCUCAACCUCCACCUGUAUCAGCUGGACGAGUUUCUGCUAGACGCCUUCAACCUAGAGAAGACGCACCACAUGCACGCACAUAAGUAUGCAGCGGUGGCAAACUGA